CUACACAGGCACAGACAAAUGCUACUUUUUCGCCGUUACACGCUCAAAAUCUCCACUCUACAUAAACCCACCACCCCCUUUAUACUACUUCAUUAAAUUGAACAACACUUCAAUUUUGAGUGAACAAAAUCAUUGAAAUCCACCAGCUUUUAAUUCUCGCUUCCUCCCUCCCAAUACAACACAUCAAACAAAAGCCUCUACUCACUGACCCAAAAAAGAAAAGAAGUUGGUUCUCUCUCUCACACAAACACACACUAGUGACUGACAAACUCUUUAAUGCCCCCAUCAGUCUUCCUCUCUUCUUAGACACUUCUAAAACUGUCCUUCCCCUUUUAAGUUUUUAACCAAACAAACAACAAAAGUUUUUUCUUGUGGCUACUUCUUGGAUUCCAAGUCCUUUGCUUUCUGCUCAAGGUGACACAUUCUUGCAGAUUUUCCAGCUUAACAGAGUACCCUUUUUCUUCCUCAAACCAGUGAGAAUGUUCCUUUUCUUUUUUUGUUUUUUCUCUUUACAUAGCUAAGAUAUACAGCCCCAUUCUCAGUAAAUCUUUUCUUUAAGCUUUCUCUUUGUUCUGUUUUUGUUUUUGUUUGUUACAUAUGCAAAUCCCAUUCACACCCUUUUGGCAUUUCUUUCUCUUCACAUCUCCUCUUAAUACCCUUUUAACAGGUUCUUGAUUUAGUUACAACUGGUGCUUCUUAUUUUAUUUUAUUUUUUUGAGUUUUUGUCUUUGAGAAAGGGAAUUUUUUUCGAAAAUGUUGUUGCAUAUAUUAACUGUUUUAGCCUUAUCUGUGUUUGUUGUGGAGUGUUUGGACCCUGCAUUUAAUGAUGAUGUUAUGGGUUUAAUUGUUUUCAAAGCUGGAUUUACUGACACACAAUCAAAGCUUACAUCUUGGUCUGAUGAUGAUGCUACUCCUUGUAAUUGGGUUGGUAUAAAAUGUGAUCCUCAAUCCAAUAGAGUUUCUCAGAUUUUGCUUGAUAAUUUCUCUCUUUCUGGUCAUAUAGCUAGAAGCCUUUUGAGGUUACAAUUCUUGAAGGUUUUAUCUUUGUCUAAGAAUAACUUUACAGGCAGUAUUAAUCCCAUUCUUGCUCAAAUACCUAGCUUGAGGGUUAUUGAUUUGAGUGAGAAUAGUUUAUCAGGACCAAUCCCUGAUGAAUUUUUUCGACAAUGUUCGUCUUUACAAUCUGUUUCCUUUGCCAAGAACAAUCUUAAUGGCCAAAUUCCUGAUUCUUUAACCUCUUGCUCAACAUUGCAAAGGGUUAAUUUUUCGUCGAACAGGCUUUCAGGUCCAUUGCCGUUAGAGUUAUGGUCUUUAACCUCUCUUCGAUCCCUUGAUGUAUCGGAUAAUUUAUUGGAGGGAGAGAUCCCUAAAGCAAUUGAGGGUUUAUAUUCUUUGAGGUCAAUUAAUUUAAAGAAAAACAGGUUUACUGGUUGGUUGCCUGAAAAUAUUGGCAACUGUGUGCAGCUUAAGUCAAUUGAACUCAGUGAGAAUUUGCUCAGUGGAGGUUUUCCUGUAUCUAUGAGAAGACUUGGUUUAUGUACUACUAUGGAUUUAAGAUCAAAUUCAUUGAAUGGGGAGAUUCCAGAUUGGAUAGCGGAUAUGAAAAGCCUUAAGGUUUUGGAUCUUUCUGGAAAUAAUCUUUCUGGUAGAAUUCCGAGCUCGUUGGGUGAUCUUCCAUCGCUAAAGGAACUGAAUCUGUCGAAUAAUCAGUUCGUUGGAAGCUUGCCUCGGUCCUUGUUGAAAUGCGUUGACCUUGUAAUCUUGGACAUUGGCAAUAACUUCUUGAGUGCUAACCUUCCUUCUUGGACCUUUGAAUUGGGACUAAAGAGCAUUUCCCUUUCCGGGAAUAGGUUUACCGGUCAUAUAGAUUAUCUGCCGAUAUCCAUGGCUGCUUCCCUUCAAGUUUUGGAUUUGUCUUCCAAUGCAUUAUCUGGUGAAAUACCGUCUGCCAUUUGGAAUAUCAGUAGCUUGCAGGUCUUGAAUAUUUCCCGGAACUUUUUGUCUGGUACUAUCCCAGAAGCUGUAGGUAAACUAAAUGCAACUCGAAUUCUAGAUUUAAGUCACAAUCAACUAAACGGAAGCAUUCCCCGUGAGAUUGGGAGUGCUGUUUCAUUGCUGGAACUGAAGCUGAAAGAAAAUCAUCUGAGUAGUACAAUUCCUGCAGAUAUAGCAAAUUGCUCCGCUCUAACUUCAUUGGACCUGUCACACAACAACCUCACUGGUCCUAUCCCUCCUGAGAUUGCUAAGUUGACCAUUCUUGAAGUGGUGGAUUUCUCCUUUAACCAGUUUUCAGGAAGCUUGCCUAAAGAACUAACCAAUCUUACCCAGCUUGCCACAUUUAAUGUCUCCCACAACCAUCUCCAAGGUGAACUUCCAGUAGGUGGAUUUUUCAACAGCAUUUCUCCCUCAUCUGUUGUUGGUAAUCCAUCCCUAUGUGGUUCUGUUCUCAACCACUCCUGCCCCGCUGUCCAUCCGAAGCCUCUUGUACUAAACCCAAAUUCGUCUGACUCGAAUCAUGGUUCUGUUACUUCGCUUGGUCGUAAGAGAAUCAUGCUCAGUAUAUCAUCUCUCAUUGCCAUUGGAGCAGCAGUUUUCAUAGCUCUUGGAGUAGUGAUUGUCUCCAUUCUCAAUCUGCACGCGCGCUCUUCUAUGGCGCUCUCUGCUGCAACUUUCACCUUAUCUGGUGGCGAUGACUUUAGCCCUUCACAUGGUACAGAAGCCAACCUCGGCAAGCUUGUUAUGUUUUCUGGUGAUGCAGAUUUUGUUGCUGGAACUCAAGCGCUGCUUAACAAGGAUAAUGAACUUGGACGUGGUGGUUUUGGAUCCGUCUACAAGACACAACUCGGAGAUGGACGUUCUGUUGCCAUCAAGAAGCUCAACAUUACAAGUUUGAUCAAGUCCCAAGAAGAUUUUGAGAGGGAAAUGAAAUGUCUUGGAAGCAUCAGGCACCAGAACCUGGUGUCACUUGAAGGUUAUUAUUGGACACCUUCUCUUCAGCUCCUGAUUAAUGAAUAUGUAUCUGGAGGAAGCUUGUACAAAUUACUCCACGAGCAAAGUUCCAAAAGGAGCCUCUCUUGGCAGCAAAGAUUCAACAUUAUUCUUGAUACUGCCAAAGGCUUAGCCUAUCUGCACCAGCUGAACAUUAUUCACUACAAUAUGAAGUCAACCAAUGUCCUCGUAGAUGAUGGUUCAGCCAACACCAAAGUUGGAGAUUUUGGUUUGGCUCGUUUAUUACCCGUCUUGGAUCGUUACAUUUUGAGCAGCAAGAUUCAGAGUGCACUUGGAUACAUGGCUCCUGAAUUUGCAUGCCAGACGGUGAAGAUAACUGAGAAAUGUGAUGUCUAUGGAUUUGGUAUCUUGACUCUCGAGGUGGUGAUGGGUAAAAGACCCGUGGAGUACAUGGAAGACGAUGUGAUUGUAUUAUGUGACAUGGUGCGGGGAGCACUGGAAGAAGGCAGGAUAGAAGAAUGCAUUGACGAACGGCUCCAAGGUAACUUCCCCGUCGAAGAGGCAAUUCCAGUUGUGAAACUUGGUUUAAUAUGUGCAUCUCAAGUUCCAUCCAAUCGACCAGACAUGGAAGAGGUCAUCAAAAUUUUGGAGUUAAUCAGAUGUCCAUCAGAAAGUCCCGAGGAAAUAGAGUAAUGUUAUAAGGUGUUUGUGGAAAACAAGAAUAUAGAGAAUGAGUCGUGUGGUGAACAGGAAUUCAGUUUGUUGUUACAUUUGGAGAAGGUCACUAUCCUCUUGUUAUUUUGCCAUAUCCAAAUAUCUAUACCAUUUGUUAAAUCUUUAUGUGUUGUUAUUUAAAUAACUGGAUUCCUCUUCACCAGCUCCAGUUUGGGACCCUUGUUAGGUUUUGAUAGACUAGAAUUGUCUUUAUUAGUAGUAUUGAGACAUCCAACUCCUGUUUCUGGUUGUCUUGUGCUUGUUUGAUGUUGUUGUCCAUACAAAGCUGAAAAAUAUAUCCUUUGUAUUUUUAUAGCAGAAAACCUUUUUAAAACCCCGCAUGGAUUUCUGACGAAAUGAAAACAUCAAAGUAGGCCACCAUUCAGUGGCAUUUCUUGAUCAUAA